AUGGCUGUGUCUAAGAACAAAAGGAAGCAGCAAUGCUUCAUAUCAGUACCAUCUCAAAUAGUCAACUCUCUCUCCUCAAAUUCACUUCAAUCACUCCUUCUCUCUCCCAAGAAGAAGAGCUCAAAGGCCAAGCUUUUGAAGAACCCAAUGUUCUGGUUUUUCUUCCUAUUUGUUUUUGGAUUCCUUGAUAUGUUGAGGUUGUGGUUCCGUUUUGAUCCUUUGGUCCCUUUCUCGCAAAACCCAUGUUCCAUUCCUCAACAAGAGUCCUCAAUCUCUGGACAAGAGUCUUCAAUCUCAAAAUGGUAUGCAAGUUCAGAGCUCAAUGUUGGACCUAAGAGUGAGAAAAAUGGUGAAUUUUUGGAGAGAGAUGAAGAAGAGAGUGAGUUCUGGAAGCAACCUGAUGGGUUGGGUUACAGGCCAUGUUUGGAGUUCAGUAAGGAAUAUAGGAGAGAGAGUAUGAAGAUUGUGAAGGACAGGACAAAGUAUCUGAUAGUGGUGGUUUCUGGUGGAAUGAAUCAGCAGAGGAACCAGAUUGUUGAUGCAGUGGUGAUUGCAAGAAUUCUUGGGGCUGCUUUGGUUGUUCCCAUCUUACAUGUCAAUGUCAUUUGGGGUGAUGAGAGUGAAUUUUCUGAUAUAUUUGAUUUGGAUCAUUUCAAGGAAGUUCUUGCAAAUGAUGUGAGAGUAGUUUCAUCUCUGCCAUCUACACAUUUGAUGACAAGGCCGGUGGAGGAGAAACAGACUCCAUUUCAUGUGACCCCUCAAUGGAUCCGUGCACAUUACCUAAGAAGGCAUAGGAGGGAUGGUAUUUUACUCUUACGUGGUUUAGAUUCGAGGCUUUCCAAGGAUCUUCCUUCUGACCUUCAAAAGCUUCGGUGCAAGGUGGCAUUUCAUGCACUCCGGUUUGCUCCAUCAAUCUUAGAACUUGGAAACAAGCUUACUGAGAGGAUACGGAGAAAGGGGCCUUAUCUAGCUCUUCAUCUGCGAAUGGAGAAGGAUGUCUGGGUGAGGACAGGAUGUCUUCCUGGCUUAAGUCGUGAGUAUGAUGAGAUAAUACACAAUGAGAGAAAGCAACGGCCAGAGCUUUUAACUUCAAGAUCAAACAUGACUUACCGUGAGCGAAAGCUUGCUGGUCUGUGCCCCUUAAAUGCCUUGGAUGUCACACGGCUGCUAAAAGCUCUAGGAGCUCCAAAAAAUGCGAGAAUCUAUUGGGCUGGAGGGAAUCCAUUGGGUGGGAAAGAAGCCUUGCUACCAUUGACCCGAGAAUUUGCACAUUUCUACAACAAGGAAGACCUUGCAUUGCCUGGGGAGCUUGAACCACUUUCAAAGAAAGCCUCUUUUAUGGCUGCCAUUGAUUACAUAGUUUCAGAGAAUAGUGAUGUUUUCAUGCCAUCCCAUGGUGGAAAUAUGGGCCAUGCUAUCCAGGGGCAUAGAGCGUAUGCAGGGCACAAAAAGACUAUUACGCCAAACAAAAGACAGAUGCUCUCGUAUUUUCUAAAUUCUUCUCUCCCUCAGGCAGAGUUCAAUAGGAUUAUUUUGGAUUUGCACCAAGAUUCCUUGGGCCAGCCAGAUCUCAGGACUAGCAAAACAGGAAGAGAUGUUACAAAGUAUCCGGUCCCAGAGUGUAUGUGCAGCGAUUGAAUUAAGCAUUCCGCCUCCUAAAUAUAUCCCUCAAUCUACCCAUCAGAUCAAAUCUUAACUGAUUGCCAAGAUGAAAGAGCAAAUAAGUCUUCUUAACAGCUCCCCAUUUAGGGAGGACGAUAUUGGCAGCAUUCAUCCUCUAAGUAUACUCACAUUUUCGGGGUCACAUAUAUUUCUCUACCUCGGCAUGUCCAGAUACUUGCGUCGAAGAUUGAUUUCUUAUGCAAC